CGAUAAAAGAAAAGAAAUAGAGAAAAAGUUCUUUUUUCCUCCCAACCAGUAAAAUUUGGUGAAAAAUAUUUUUUCAUUCCUUCCAACUGCGGAAAAAACUACUAUUUACAUUAAUAAAUCAAUUUUGAAGUAAAUACUUUAAAUAAAUUCAGAAAUCUUUGGAAAUUCAAAAAGAAAAUCUUAAAAAUGACUGGCUCAGGUUUUAUGUUCAACAUUGAUGGUGGUUACUUGGAAGGUUUGUGCCGUGGCUUCAAGUGUGGAAUUUUAAAACAAUCUGACUACUUGAAUUUGGUACAAUGUGAAACUUUGGAAGAUUUAAAAUUACAUUUACAAGGUACUGAUUAUGGUAGUUUUUUGGCCAAUGAACCUUCACCUUUGUCGGUGUCUGUUAUUGACGAUAAAUUGCGUGAAAAGUUGGUGAUCGAAUUCCAACAUAUGCGUAAUCACGCCGUAGAGCCUUUGGCCAGUUUCUUGGAUUUUAUCACCUAUGGUUAUAUGAUUGACAACAUAAUUUUGCUGAUUACUGGUACUCUUCAUCAACGUCCCAUUUCCGAACUUAUUCCCAAAUGUCAUCCAUUGGGUAGUUUUGAACAAAUGGAAGCUAUUCAUGUAGCUGCUACUCCAGCUGAGUUGUACAAUGCUGUGUUGGUAGACACUCCAUUGGCCCCUUUCUUUGUUGAUUGUAUUUCCGAACAAGAUUUGGAUGAAAUGAACAUUGAAAUCAUUCGUAACACUUUGUACAAGGCCUAUUUGGAAGCUUUCUACGACUUUUGCCAAAAAAUGGGUGGCUCUACUGCUGAUGUUAUGUGCGAAAUUUUGGCUUUUGAAGCUGACCGUCGUGCCAUUAUCAUAACCAUUAAUUCUUUUGGCACUGAGUUGUCUAAGGACGAUCGUGCCAAGUUGUAUCCCCGUUGCGGCAAAAUGAAUCCAGAUGGUUUAGCUGCUUUAGCUCGUGCCGACGAUUACGAACAAGUUAAAACUGUCGCUGAAUAUUAUGCUGAAUAUGCUGCUUUAUUUGAUGGUUCCGGCACCAAUCCCGGAGAUAAAACUUUGGAAGAUAAAUUCUUCGAGCAUGAAGUUAAGUUGAACGUUUAUGCGUUCUUGCAACAAUUCCACUUUGGUGUCUUCUAUGCUUAUCUUAAAUUGAAGGAACAAGAAUGCCGCAACAUUGUAUGGAUUGCUGAGUGUGUUGCACAAAAGCAUCGUGCGAAAAUCGACAAUUACAUCCCAAUUUUCUAAAUUUGUAAUAAAGUUGUCUUGAUAGAGAAAGUAAAAGAUGACUUAAAACAUUAUCUUUGAAAUCUUUAUUUUAUUAAGUAUUUUUUGUUGUUGUUCAUGUAUAAGUUGAUUUAAAAUUCUAUGUAUGGAACAACCUUAUGGCUUUAGUAAGUUUUCGAUUCCAUUGGUAAAUUUAUAUUUCAUUAAUCUACCCUAACGCUAAAUAAAAACAUCAUAUUCUAUAAAAUGUAUACAUAUUGUUAGCAAAUUGUAUUGUAAUUAUGUAAAAAUCUAAAAUAUUGUGCAAAUAAUAUAUAUAAUAUAUAAAAGAGUUUCCAAACAUUCCUUUACAAAAAAAAUAUAAA